AUGAUAAGCAAUCGGACAGAAAUAACACAGUUCAUCCUUCUCGGACUAACCAGUGCCCCAGAACUGCAGGUUCCCCUCUUUAUAAUGUUCACCUUCAUUUACCUCAUCAAUGUUGUUGGAAACCUGGGGAUGAUCCUGUUGAUCCUCAUGGAUUCUCGUCUCCACACCCCCAUGUACUUCUUCCUCAGUAACCUGUCUCUGGUGGACUUAGGUUACUCUUCAGCUGUCAUUCCCACAGUCAUGACUGGGUUCUUUGCAGGAGACAAUGUCAUCUCCUACAGUGGCUGUGCUGCUCAGAUGUUCUUUUUUGCAGCUUUUGCCACAAUGGAAAAUUUUCUCUUGGCAUCAAUGGCCUAUGACCGCUAUGCAGCAGUGUGCAAACCGCUACAUUACACCACCGCCAUGAGAACAAGUGUGUGUGCACAUCUGAUCCUAGGCUGUUACAUCUGUGGCUUCCUGAAUGCCUCCAUUCAUGUAGGGGCCACGUUCCACCUCUCUUUCUGUGUGUCCAAUGUGGUCCAUCACUUUUUCUGUGAUGUGCCAGCACUCAUGGCUCUGUCUUCCUCUGAUAGGCAUAUGAGUGAGCUGGUUCUUAUUUAUGUGGCCAGCUUCAAUGUAUUUUUUGCUCUCCUGGUUAUAUUGAUAUCCUACAUUUUCAUAUUUAUCACCAUCCUAAAGAUGCACUCAUCUGCAGGAUACCAGAAGGCUUUAUCCACCUGUGCCUCUCACUUCAUUGCUGUCUCCAUCUUCUAUGGAACGAUUAUUUUCAUGUACUUACAGCCUAGCUCCAGCCAUUCCAUGGAUACGGACAAAGCAGCAUCUGUGUUCUAUACUCUGGUCAUCCCCAUGCUGAACCCUGUGGUCUACAGCCUCCGGAACAAGGAGGUCAAGAGUGCAUUCAAGAAAGUUCUUUUGGAGGCUAAAUUAUCUUUGGUUUUCUGA